AUGGGGAAAUGUAUGGGCGUUUUCUUCUGCUUCUUGAUCCUUGCUUUAGAUAUCAUUGCAGCGAUUCUUGGGCAUAAAGCAGAAAAAGAUCAAAACCAGGUAUAUCAUAUGAAGCUUUGGAUAUUUGAAAAUAAGAAUCCAUGUCAAGUGGCAUAUGCUUUAGGGUUAGCAGCAGCAUGUCUUCUUGUGAUAGCCCAUGUUUUGGCUAAUUUUGUUGGUGGUUGCAAUCUUUGCACUCGUGUGGAACAUAAUGAGGAAGCCUCUUCCACCAAGAAGUUGUCCAUUAUAUUGCUUGUUUGCACUUGGAUCUGCCUCGUUUCCGGAUUGUGGUUCCUCGUGAACGGACUACUAUCGAACCGCAAAUUGAGGGCGUCGUGCGGCUUCUCACACCACCAUUAUCUGCGCAAGGGCGGCACACUAUGCAUACUUCAUGUCAUCUUUGCUGUAGCAUACUAUAUUUCUGCUGUUGCCAUACAUCAUGAGGAUAAUUAA